AUGGUACCACCACAUCUCAAGCGGCAAGUCAAUCCUCGGCUAUCUCCUCAUAUCUCUGGGCACCCAGCGCCUCCUCCUGCAGCUCCAGAGCCUCUUAUCACCGAGGAGAGCGUGUCCCCGCCUAGUCUUAGCAGUCGAUGGUUGUCAGAUUUGAGAGCGCAGGCCCAGAUACGGAUAUCCACCGAAGGCCAGGGACCAGCAGUCAACAGUGCUAGACGGGUUUUGAGUCAUCUACACGAGAACUGGCUGGAUCUUCUUGCUGGAUCAGAAGGAUACCUAGUUGGCCCUCGCUGGACUGGUUUGGCCAACCAACAAAUCUCGUGGGGCGAUAUGGGACAUGUUAACAAUGUGAUGUAUAACCGCUUCGCCGAGUCCUCGCGUCUCAACUACCUACGAGGCUUUGCCCUAGCUUCAGAUGAAGAACACAGGCAAUUUUGGCUCGACCUAAUUACCCCACGGAGCAUCGGUUGGAUCUUGAAGAGUAUGCGUACUGAGUACAAAUGUCCUCUUUUCUAUCCUGAUAAUAUUACGGUUCUUCAUAGGCUGGUAAACCGCCCCGACAAAAAUACCGAGAAAAUUCUCAUGGAGGCUGUGAUCAUCUCCAAUGAAAAGCAGCGUGUGGCAGCUCGCUGUUAUGAGGAGUUAGUGGUCUACGACUACCGUAUUGGCCAGCGGACCAACCUCAGGCCUUUCAUGGUCGAGGCUCUCCAGGAAACAUAUGACCUACAGGAGAAGAAUCGGGUAAAAACAACAACUCAUGUUCUGAAGCUUCAGGGAAGCAUCAGCUCCCCUAGCAACCAAUCAAAAUAA